AUGGCUGGGAACAUGUCGGACGAGGAUAUCUCGGAAAGACCGUCUCUUCUGGAGUCAGACCUGACCUGUCCGGUCUGCAAGGAGCUUUUCCGAGACCCCGUGUUACUGUCGUGUAGUCACAGUUUUUGCCGUGCCUGUUUGGAGGCUAGCUGGAAGCACAAAUCGUCGAAGGAUUGUCCCGUGUGCAGGAAGUGCUGUGACGGAGAGCAGCCGAUACCGAACCGGGCUCUGAAGAACACCUGCGAGUCCUUUCAGAAAGAGAAAGGCUGGAGAAUCCCUGUAGCAGCCGAGGCGCUCUGCGGUCUGCACCAGCGAGACCUCCAGCUCUUCUGCAUUAAAGACGAAGUGCCCAUUUGCGUCGACUGCGUGACGCUGCACAGCGGCCAUGAUUUUUUGCCAAUGGCGGACGGGGUCCCGUUCUGUAAGGAGGAACUCAAUAUGAAAAUCAGCAUCCUAACUCAAAAGCUGGAAUAUUUUAAGAGAAUGAAGAAACGAUAUGGUGACACAGUUACGUUCAUUCAGAACCAGUCUGAGGAGGCAGAGAAGCAAAUCAGGCAGGAGUUUGAGAGGCUUCAUCAGAUCCUGAAAGACGAAGAGGACAGCAGAAUUAAAGCCCUGAAGAAAGAAGAAGAGCAGAAGAAACAGACAAUUAAGGAGAAGAUUGACAGCAUAGCUCGUGAAAUCACUUCACUCACUGAGCUGAUUCAGUCGGUGAAGAGGGAGAUGGGAGCAGAGGAUUUGACUUUCCUACAGAACUUUCAGACUCUUAAACGAAGGGCUCAGUGGACUUCUGAAGACCCUCCAAAAGUUCAUGGAGCUCUCAUAGAUAUGGCCUUGCAUGUUGGAGCACUGGGUUACAAAGUCUGGGAGAGCAUGCAGUCUCAUGUCAAAUGUUUUCCUGUGAUCAUGGAUCCAAACACUGUUUCCCCCUGGCUCUCCAUGUCUCCUGACUAUGCGAGUGUGAGGGACAGUCCUGAAAGGCAAUCCUUCCCGGAUAACCCAGAGCGCUUCGAUCCCUGCGUGUUUGUCCUGGGCUCUGAGGGGUUCACUUCUGGGCGUCACCGGUGGGAGGUCCAUGUGGGUGAUAACCCCAAGUGGAUCGUCGGGGUGUGCAAAGAAUCCGUGGCCCGCAAGAGGAAGUUCACGGUGACCACGACUGGAGGGGUGUGGAGCAUUGGGCUGAGCAAAGGCGUGUACAAUGCCUUGACCACACCACGCACUGUGCUGACCGUGGAGAGGAGGCCAGAGACGAUCCGGGUGAAGCUUAAUAUGGAAAAAGGGGAGGUGUCCUUCUGGGACGCAGUCAGUGGAAAACAUCUCUGCACCUACACCGACAAAUUCCCUUCCAAACUCUUCCCUCUGUUCGGCCCUGGGCUUCACCAUACACCCAUGGCUGUCCUGCCUGCCAAACUGACUAUUCACAAACAGUAAUGCUGCAUGCUGUUUAACCAAAGAGCUGCUCUGCCAAACCUGUAUGGAUCUCACUAAUUUGGUUUAUGGGGUUCAUGUUUCUUAUACUUACAAGAAUCCUUAAAAAACACAGCAGCUUUUAAAGGAAGAUAUCUGCUUCUUUUAGCAGAGCUGAGUGCCUUUGCGAUCUUUCACUACAAUCCUGGCAAUCUGUUAUCCUGCACUGUUUAAUGUAUUCUCUGUAAAGCACUUCAUUAUUAAAGGAAUACUCCAGUGUUUUUCAACCUAAUCUGCUGCUUAUGUAGCAUACGGUUGAUUUAACGUGGAUAAUCAUUUUGAUGGGUUUAGCUGCAUUUAGUGGAAGAACAGAAAACUUGGUGACUCAAAACAUGCUUAUAACAAAAGCCAAAGGGCAAGUUCUUUGGCUUUUUUAAUAGGCUAAAAAAAACGCUGGAGUGUCGUUGUAACUGAUUAUUUAAAGCAGAAAUUUUAAGCAUGGUUAACACAAAACUGAACAGCGCAGCAGUUUGAAACCUAUGCAGCGCAGUCGUUUUAAACUUCUAGUUCUGCUGGAUUCCUAUUCAGGAUUCCUCGGAAUCCUGCAGAACUACUAUUUACUGGAACAGAGCAAGAUUAGCAAUAUGCAAGGGUGGCUAGAAAAGAAAUGAGAAAACUUAGCAGAUAGAAACAGGAAAGACCUAGUUUAGUUUUGGCAACAGGUUUUUAAUUCUACUUUAUGCAGUCCUUUAUGAUAAGACUUCAUAAAAAGUCAUGUGCAUAGCAUUGCAUAUUAAGCUAUUGACAUCUUUUUAGAUCUGCAACAUGCUGUUUCUUUAGUUUCACUGAUUUCAUGUUCACAGUUGCUCUUUUUUGUACAUCUGCAUGUUACCAACAGAUGAAUUCACCUAAUUUGUCUGAAAAAUGAGCAGAAAGCGAAAAAACAGCACAUGCAGUAUUAGAAAUGCAUUUUCACCAUUGCAAACAGGAAGACAGCAAAACAGGAAAGUGGUACUGGGAUUCAGUAAAAGGAAACAAAAUAAAAAGGGCAGUUGUACCAACUGUUCAAAUUUCUACAUAAUUCAGUUGCUAACAAAGUCAUUCACAGUGUUUUGGUGUGAAAAGCACCAAUAUAAAGAAACACACUGAGUAAAACAUGUUCACAAAGGCAAAAUAAACAAAAUAGAAAAAAACACCAUGACCCCUGGAUCCUAUCACCACCACUGUAAAGAGUUCAGACAAUGUUAAUUUCUCCACAAUUCACAAUUUCACAUCAGUACGCAUUGAAUGUCUUUGUUUACAUCUCAGCAAUUGAAUUGUAUAGACAUUUUGGAGACGUGCCCUUAUUAUUGUUAUAAAUCAAUGAAAUUGAUUAGCUAAUCCAUUUUUAUUUAAUCCACCUUUUUUGAAAUUAAAUGAAAAUUUAGAUGAUGUUUUGGGUUGUAUUAUCCUGCUAAUUACCUUUAGCUGCAUAACUACAUAUAAUAAUCCGUAUGUGUUCUGCUUUGUAUG